CCCGUGCCGCCCGGCCGGGUGGUGCCCGCCUGCCGGCCUGCGCCCGCGCCGGUCCCUCAGCGCGCCCCGGGGGCUCGGCCUCGGCCUGGCGCCGGCGUGCGUCCUCGCCCCUGGAGGGGCUGCGGGCGCCGGGGGGCGGGGCCCGCGUCUGCCUGGGGCUCGCGGUGCCCGCACGUGGGAGCUUUCAGGAGACGUUUGUGCGCGAGCCCCGAGGGGCAGCGCCGCGUCCGUGCUUCGCGACGUCCCCAGUCCGCACUCGGGCCUUGGCUGUAACCUCGUCGCCAGGGUUUCUUUUCCUCGACGAGGGCAGUGGCCUUGGGAUGCGGUCUUGAUGCCUUUUAUCUCCUGACCUGCCACAUCUCGCCAAGUAAACCUGUGUCACUCCUACGCCUGCUUUCUCUUGCUUUAAGUUAAGACCUCAUAAUUUCCUUUUUUUAAAAAACUAAUUAUUUUAUUGGCUGUGUUGGGUCUUUGCUGCUGCACACGGUUCUUCUCUAGUUGCGGCAAGUGGGGGCUACUCUUCCUUGUGGAGCACGGGCUUCUCAUUGCGGUGGCCUCUCUCGUUGCAGAGCAUGGGCUCCAGGUGCGUGAGCUUCAUUGGUUGUGGCACAUGGGCUCAAUAGUUGUGGCUCACCGGCUCUAGAGCACAGGGUCAGUGGUUGUGGCGCACGGGCUUAGUUGUUCCGCGGCAUGUGGUGUCUUCCUGGGGCAGGGAUCGAACCCGUGUACCCUGCAUUGGCAGGCAGAUUCUCACCCACCGCGCCACCUAAGGGGAAGUCCAAGACCUCAUAAUUUCUUGCCUGGAUGACGGUCUGAGAGGUGCCCUUUGCUUACAUCCUCCAUCACAGCAGCCAUCAUCCUGGAUACUCUAUAGGAUGCCUUGAUGCAAGAAACAGAGAGACAGUCUCAGAAGGGGUCUGACGACGCUGAUCAGCUCACUUCAUUUUCCAGUGGGUGACUGUCCUGCUGGCCUGCCGGCUCCCGAUGGAGGACAGAGGCUCAACGGCCUCGGAAGAGGACCACGGGGGCCAGGGCGGGAGCCUCUCCCUGCCGGCGCCCCCGGAAGGCCCCGCCCCACAGACUGCCUCCGAGCCCAGCAAGUCCUGGUCCUCCACCCACAGACACCUGAGCAGAAGGCGCGGGCUGUCGAAGCUCUGCCAGAGCAGGAUGGCGCUGUCCGAAGACAGAUGGAGCUCCUACUGUCUGUCAUCACUGGCUGCCCAAAAUAUUUGCACAAGCAAAUUGCACUGCCCGGCCGCGCCUGAUCAGGUGGACCUGGCAGGGUCCCUGGGCAGCACGUCCUGCUGCUCCCUGCUGCGGGGCUUGUCCUCAGGGUGGUCCACACCUCUGCCCUCGGUGCCUGUGUGCAACCCCAACAAGGCUGUUUUCACCGUGGACGCCAAGACCACAGAGAUCCUGGUGGCCAACGACAGAGCCUGCCGGCUCCUGGGCUACAGCAGCCACGACCUGAUCGGCCAGAAGCUCACGCAGUUCUUCCUGAAGCCAGACCCUGACGUGGUGCAGGCCCUCAGUGAGGAGCACGUGGAGGCCGAUGGCCACACCGCGGUCACGUUCGGCACGGUGGUGGACAUCGUGAGCCGCAGCGGGGAGAAGAUCCCCGUCUCGGUGUGGAUGAAGAGGCUGAAGCAGGAGCACAGCCUCUGCUGCGUGGUCGUGCUGGAGCCCGUGGAGAGGGUCUCGGCCUGGGUGGCUUUCCAGAGUGAUGGAACCGUGACGUCCUGCGAUGGUCUCUUUGCCCACCUGCAUGGAUUCGCAUCUGGGGAGGAAGUGGUGGGGCAGUGUAUCACAGACCUGAUUCCUUCCGUGCAGCUCCCCCCUCCUGGCGAGCACGUCCCCAAGAAUCUCAAGAUUCAGAGGUCUGUCGGAAGAGCCAAGGACGGCACCACCUUCCCUCUGAGCCUGAAGCUGAAAUCUAAACCCGGCGGCGAGGAGACAGCAGACAGCAAGGCAGACCCCGACUGGGACUACUCGGCGUCCGUCUGGGUGUUCUCCACCAUCAGUGGGCUCGUCACCCUCCUGCCCGACGGGACCAUCUGUGGCAUCAACCACAGCUUUGCUCUGAUGCUGUUUGGUUAUGGAAAGGCCGAGCUCCUGGGCAAGAACAUCACUUUCCUGAUUCCUGGUUUCUACCACUACAUGGACCUCGCCUAUGAUGGUUCCUUAGAGCUGCCGGACGUGGCCACCUGCCUGGAUGCUGGCAGCCAGAGUGGGCCUAGGGAGACCCCCGGGGACGUCCGGCACACAGCCGAGGAUCCGGGGGUGAGCACCGAGACUCCAGAGCCAGCGGAGACCCAGGAUGCCUGUCCCAGGGCCCAGCUUCCUGCGGACGCCAGGAGCCACCUGGAUGCCCCCCUCGUGGCAGUGCCCACUCCAGGGGUGGACAGCAUCGUGGAAGGAACCCGGCCAGCUCACAGGGCGCAGUCAUUGCCCAGAGACCAGCAAAAUAUCCCAGAAGGAAGCCCGCCAGCCCAGGAACAGUCACUGCCCAAGGGCCAGCGAGACAUGCCAGAGGGAAGCCCGUCAGCCCCUGGCCCACGGUCAUCACCAGAGGCCCAGUGGAACACUGUUUUAGAGAAAGAGAGCCUCAGGCAGGACCUUCUGGGAGGAAACAGGUCUGACCCAGUGGACACAAAACCACAUGCUUCCCAUGAAGAUUCUGAGACGGCAGCCCCAGGUGUGGACACGAGCAGCGGUGUUGAGAGGUGUGACCCUUAUCAGGAGGCACAGGUGGGACGGAGGGGCCGCAGCAGUGCCAGUGAUUUCAGCCACAGGGCUGACGCCACCAAGGCCAGGCCCCAGGCCGAGGGGUGGCCAGGAGGGCAGGGCUGCCCGGAGCACGGCCCUAGAUUUGAGGGAGAGUGGAGUGCGCAGUGGGGAAGCCCGGACUCGGCUCCCUGCCCGCCGGGGACGGUGCAGCUCUUGUUCUCGACGCCUCCUUUGGAUGAGCCGUGGCUGGGGACGAGGGAGGACAGAGAGGAGCUGCAGACGUGCUUGAUUAAGGAGCAGCUGUCCGCAGCGAGCUUCCCGGGGCCUCAGGGCAUCUCCUACGCGGAGCUGGUCCCUGUGGAGCGGUGCCCGCCCUCUGCCCCCACAUCUUUGUGUGACCUGGGAGGCACAGACCUGCAUGGCGGCCGCUCGGGCAGCUCCUCGGCCUGCUAUGCCCUCGCCACUGACCUGCCCGGUGCCGUGGAGGCCCGGGAGUCUGCUGAGAAUUCCUUUUACUGGAACCUCAAGGAACUCGUUUUCAGUGAGUGGACAGACCGAACUUCUUCCAACUGUUCCUGUGCUGCGUCUGAGCUCGGGGGAACCCCCUCCCCUUCGCUGGUGGGCUCUGACGUGGACGUGAGCAGUUUGCACAGGCAGAGGUCGGACAUCCUGGACGACCGGGAGCUGUUACUGCUGGCUGGCACUUACUUUGAUCUCGGUGAAGGCCAGCGGUUCCGUGAGCGCCGUCUGGGACUGGAUGGAACAGGACCGUCGCAGACUUGCUUGGUAUCCCCCGAACACUAUGACGCGAGUGGCCGAGAGAGCCCGGGCUGCAUCCCUCCUGUGUCGGGAGGCAGCCCUGUGGAUGCGUGUCCGUCAGAGGAGCCCAGGCCGGGCCUCCAGGUCACCUCCACGCCCGUGAGAGAGGCUGGCCCUGCGCCGCUCGGGGCCGCCGCCCUGCAGCACGAGAUCCAGGAGGGCACGUUCGCAGGGAGCUGUUACCACCGGGACGGCUCACAGCUGAGUGUGCAGUUCGAAGUGAAGCGGGUGGAGCUCCAGGGCUCAGCCAGCCUGUUCUGCUGCUGGCUGGUGAAGGACCUCCUGCACGGCCACCUGGACGCGGCCCUGCGGACCUGCCUGCUCCUGGCCAGCCUGCCCAGCUCCGCCCACUCCACCUGCGAGCUGUCGGGAGCCAGCCUGGGGGAGAUGCUUGGAACCAAACCCUGGUUUGAGGAGCCCCCCGAGGCUGCGGAGCUGGAGGGGCUGGCGGCCUGCGAGGGCGCGUACUCCCGCAAGUACAGCACGCUCAGCCCCAUCGGCAGCGGGGCCUUCGGCUUCGUGUGGACGGCAGUGGACAAGGAAGCGAAUAAGGAGGUGGUGGUGAAGUUUAUUAAGAAGGAGAAGGUUUUGGAGGAUUGUUGGAUUGAGGAUCCCAAACUCGGGAAAGUCACUUUAGAGAUUGCCAUCCUGUCCAGGGUGGAGCACGCCAACAUCAUCAAGGUACUGGACGUGUUUGAAAAUCAAGGGUUCUUUCAGCUGGUGAUGGAGAAGCACGGCUCCGGCCUGGACCUCUUUGCGUUCAUUGACCGCCACCCCAGCCUCGAUGAGCCCCUGGCAAGCUACAUCUUCCGACAGCUGGUGUCAGCAGUGGGGUACCUGCGCUCCAAGAGCAUCGUUCAUCGGGACAUCAAGGACGAGAACAUCGUGAUUGCUGAAGAUUUUACCAUCAAGCUCAUAGACUUUGGCUCGGCCGCCUACCUGGAGCGGGGCAAGCUCUUCUAUACCUUCUGUGGCACAAUUGAGUACUGCGCCCCUGAAGUCCUCAUGGGAAACCCUUACAGAGGGCCAGAGCUGGAGGUGUGGUCGAUGGGAGUCACGCUGUACACGCUGAUUUUUGAGGAGAACCCCUUCUGCGAGCUGGAGGAGACCGUGGAGGCUGCGAUAAACCCCCCGUACCUGGUGUCGGAAGAUCUCAUGAACCUCUUGUCUGGGCUGCUGCAGCCUGUCCCCGAGCAGCGCACCACCUUGGAGAAGCUGGUGACAGACCCUUGGGUGAUGCAGCCCGUGAACCUGGCUGACUACACCUGGGAGGAGGUGUGUCGAGUAAACAAACCAGGUGAGAGGGCGGUUCCGAGGCUGCUUCCUGGGUCUGGGGGUGGGCGAGGCGCCUCCCUCUGUGCUGCCCUGGACACUAAUAUCAGGGCCCGGAGCUGGCUCAUCGCCUGAGACAGACUCCGAGGCCCCUGAACACCACCAGGUGCUUUAGAAGGUUGGUGAGUGCUCUGGGCACCCCCGGCAAGGAGGAACCCACACACGGGAUUGAGGGCUGGGGCUCAGGGUUUGAUAAGUGCCGCUGGGCGAUGGUCUGAGUGGGCUGAAGGGGAGGAGAAGGCCCAGACGGGGAGUGUGAUGGUCUGGGGACCCCAGGCCACAGGUGGGAGCAGCAGCCCCGUGUGUCUGGUCCCUGCUGCUCAGAGCCAGUGAGCGGUGUUUGUGGCUCUGGACAUAGAAUCCCUGCAGCACCGCAGCAGGGUCUGGGGAGUCUAGAACAUUGCCAGUUGGGUUCUGAAGGGUUCCUCUGAUGUCUUUUGCUUCUUUCUUCCAGAGAGAAGCAAAGUAUUUUAGUAUCUUGUUGUUGGCAAGUGAUACGGUAUCUUUUUCUUUCUUUAGAGAGUAGAGUUCUGUCUGCUGUUGGUCUGGAGCCAGAGGGCGGGAGCCUGAGUGCAGUGGCUCGGGCCCCGGAGCUGCCCAGGGCCUCGUGCGUCCCAGGCCCCUAACCGCCGGGUAACCCAGCUCCCCACUGCUCUCCUCUCAGGAAGUCAUGUUGUAUUCAGUCCCCUUCCAUUCAGAGAAAGUAGGUUCUCAAGAAUUAGGCCCAGUUCACCUUCUAAAAACUCAUGUGCAAGCUUGGUAAAUGUUAGAACAGAAGCCAGUGAUACUGCCUUAUUUUAGGGUUAUAAAAUAGACUUGGAAUUCAUUUUUUUCGUGGCCUUGAAAAAACAUUUAGUGUUCAAUUGAAUUUUGUACUAUUAAAGGGCUUUUAAUUUGUGAACUUCCAAAAGGCAUACAAGAGGUUUUUCAUUCUCUUUCACUUUUGUAUUUGUGCCUGUUUGUUUCUUCUGACUUGGUAUAUGCUUGUUUGAUAUGUAGAAUGUGUAGAACCUAUUCGCCAAAUGACCAGACUAUUUCAUUAAUUUAUUUCCUUGAAUGUUUUCCAAAUUAAAGCAAUUUUGUUAGUAUA